CGGAGAGCGCGCGCGAGCGCGCCCUAGUCGACGACCGAGAGCGCGCGUUCGCACACAUCCUCAACCGGCGCAGAGAGCAGCAGCAGCUGCGGAGGCUUCGAGCGAGCGCCACCCCGGAACGGCCCGACAUGGCAGCUCCCGCCGGAUCACCGCCGUCGGCCGCCAAUCGCUUCGUAGCCGUCGCGCUCUUGGCUAUCGCGCACCGAGCUGCAGCGGCGACCGACAGCUACGACACCUACCUCACUACUCUGUCAAAUGUAUCAGCCUUGAUAAGAGACGAAGCAUUGGCUCUUGCCUUUAUAGAAGAGUUGAACGACCCGUUUACAACAAUCAACAAUGUGGACUCAAGUUCUCAGUGGGACUAUGCAAGCAAUAUCACCGAGUACAACCAAAACAAAUCGAAUAAGGUCUCCACCGAAGUCGCCAAACUUGAGCGUGAGUUUGGAAUUACGGCGAAGCGUUUUGACUGGCAAAAUUUCAAAAACAAUUCGCUAAAACGAAUAUUCAGGCACGUCGCUACCAUAGGACUCGCUGCGCUGCCCGACGACAAGCUCGAGAACGCGACCAGUCUUAGUUCGAAGAUGGCCGCCAUCUACGGGUCGACCAAGGUGACCGUGGGCAAGGAAAAUGACCUUCCCUUGGAACCAGACCUCACGCGAAUUAUGAAGGAAGUCGGCAACUACGACAAACUGCUUGAAACUUGGCUGGCAUGGCACAACGCUGUAGGUCCUGCUAUAAAGGAGUACUUUAUUCCGUACAUCACGCUAGCAAAUGAAGGAGCGUCUCUUGACGGUUACGACAACCUCAAGAGCGCCUGGCUCAGCGAUUACGAGACAGAAAAUAUGACGGAGAUAGUGGAUAAACUAUGGGAAGAGCUUUCCCCUCUGUACAAAAAGCUGCAUGCUUACGUGCGGAUGAGGCUCAGGGAGAUCUACCCAGGACGCCUGCCUCAAGACGGCACCAUACCAGCCCAUCUCUUAGGAAACAUGUGGGCGCAAGAAUGGGGCACACUUUACCCUCACCUCACAACGGAAGAGAAACCCCUCGACAUCUCGAAGACAAUGGUGGAGCAGAAAUGGAAUGCCACGAUGAUGUUCCACGCGGCCGACGACUUCUUCGCUAGCUUAGGCCUUGACAAGAUGACGGACACGUUUUGGAAGAAGUCCAUCAUCACAAAGCCGAACGACAGGGACAUUCAGUGCCACGCAUCCGCCUGGAACAUGUAUGACGGCGACGAUUUCAGGAUCAAGAUGUGCACCGACCCGAGCGCGGAGGACCUGCGCACUGUCCACCACGAGAUGGGACACGUCCAGUACUACAUGCUGUACAAGCACUUGCAUGUCCUGCUGCGCGAGGGAGCCAACGAAGGUUUCCACGAAGCUGUCGGAGACCUGAUAGGCCUGUCGGUUGCCACCAAAUCGCAUUACGAGAAGCUGAACUUGAUGAAAUCAACGGAUAAAUACAAUCCCAUUGACAUCUUGCUCAUGUCGGCGCUCAACAAAAUUGCCUUCUUGCCAUUCGGAUACCUACUGGACAAGUGGCGGUGGAGCAUCUUCACUGGGGAGACGCCGUUCGACAAGAUGAACGAGAAAUUUUGGGAGUACAGGAUAAAAUACCAGGGCGUGUCGCCUCCCAUUAAGCGUAACGAGUCCUUCUUUGAUGGUGGAGCCAAAUACCACGUGGCUCUUCAAGUUCCGUACCUGAGAUACUUUGUGGCAUUCAUCCUUCAGUUCCAGUUCCACGAGCAUUUGUGCACAGUUACAAAGAAGAUCGACGAGCAGCAUCCAUUUCACGAAUGCGACAUUUACUCAGAGAAAAGCGCUGGCGAUAUCCUCAAACAGGGACUGUCACUGGGUCGUUCCAAGCCCUGGCCCGAUGUCCUGGAGAUCAUGGCUGGUACGAGAGAGAUGUCGGCCUCGUCCUUGAAGAAGUACUUCGCGCCGCUGGAGAAAUGGCUCGACGAACGUAUCAGCAAGGAACAGAUCGGCUGGGACAAGGCCAACGUCCAAGACUACAUGGGUUCACCGUCAUUCGCCAACAAAGUCGAUCUAUCAGCAGGAGCUGUCCUGGCAUCUAUUCUAGCCGUCUUUCUGUGCUGGAAGAACAGCUCAUUAUGAUGCUCCGGACGCCGCAAGUCUGUCGUUGCCGCAGAACCAGAAUACGGUCCACGAGAACUCGCCUCGUUGCUGUCUCUCGCAGUGACAGCACCGAAAGAGCACCUUAUGACGUUCUUUUUUAUUUUAUUUUCCUUUUAUUCGAAUGUCAGCGCUUCAUUUUCAUUCCAUUGCAUGAAAUGAAACUUAAAACAUAACGCAUCACUCCAUGAGUUUUCAACGCAUGCAUCUUGUUUUGAGAAUCGUACAUAUGUCGUUACUUCUAGUCCUUUUUCUUUUUGUUGUAUCGCAUUAAUUUUUGUCAUCGCUAUAUUUUAAAGCCUUUUCAAAGCGACCUCGCAUCUUUGCCAUGCGCAAGUUCUUUGGCGAGGAACGCCGACUGGUAUUGAACUAAGGAAUGAGCUUCCUAGUCCUUUAGACACUUACUUCCUCAAGUCUUCCUUUUUUUCGUCUUGCCCUGCUUAAAGCACGUAUUCGAGAGCGACAAAAAUAUCUAAAUACAACAGCGCUGUUGUACUCUCUGAGGUUUCUUUCCUAACUUUCAUUUAUGAAAUAAGAGUAGUUGCUGUGACAUAAUUACUAGCGUGAACGAGACUAACGGAAAAAAGUGGGACAGGACAGAGCGCUAGACUUCUCAAUAGACUUUUCAAUCUAGACAACUGACAUAUUCCGAAAAACAUGCCAAGAAGCCAACGUAUGCCCAAAUAAAUGCGUCUGUCUGCGCAUUUAUUUGAGCAAACGGAGGCUUCUUGGCAUGUUUUUUUUUUUUCUGAAUAAAGCUUGUCAGUUCAAAACUAGCGCUCUGUCCUGUCCCACUUUUUUCCGUUAGUCUUAUUCGCGCUAGUAACCAUGUUACAGCAACUGCAUCAGCACCAACUAUCCCGACUUUCUGCGUUAAUGAAAUAAGAGCUUUUGCAGCCUAUCUAGCUUGUGUUGUAGAGAGAGCAAAUGAUAAAUGAAAGGCUGGGAGGUUAACCAGGACUGAGCCCGGUUGGCCAGCCUACACUGGGGAAAGUGAAAAAGGGACGGGAACAUUAGCUUGUGUUGUAAGCAUUGUAUAACAUAUUCUAGAUGAAUCACUUAUCUACUUGUGAAACCACCAAUCUCGUAUGCCUCUACACAGGUAUCAUUACUAGCCCCUAGACGCUCAUCAUGGAACGUAUGAACGCACUAUUGUCAUCGCCGAUAACAAGGUUGUCGUCCGAAUGAAAAAGACACUUUGUUUAAUUCGGCAAGUAGGAUUUCGUUAUUACUAUGCUUCAACCAUGAAUCGCAUAGAUGAACGCGGAUUGUAAAAAAAAAAUGUCAGGCCGUGCGGCUGCGUAACUCGAGACAACAUGUACAGUUCAAUGAAACGAUAACGUUAUGUAAAGGCAUAAUCUAAGACUCGGUUAUAUUAACUAUUGAGGAGCGAUACCUGCACCACGAUUGUGAUUUCUAAAGAAACGGACACGUUGUGCUGUCGAGCGUGAACUCUGUCCAAUAAUUCCGUUUCUCACUAAAUAUGGAUACGUGUUCCUGCGAAACAUGGCAGAAGUAACAAAAGGCUGCUUGGUCGAAGUUCAACGAGUACGCCAGUGUUAGAACAGAGUUUGUAUUCGUAUUUUACUUAGUGCACGCAGAAACAAGGACACAAGAAAGGAAGACCAGAUCUACUUUCUUGUGUCCUUGCUUUUCUGCGCUUUAUGUAAAAUAGUACUUCAUACAAAUUCGCCCAAAUUUCAAUACGGCUUGUGCGACAUUAGGCUGUGCCAUCUUUCGUCUGCAGGACAAGGUUUCAGACAACCCUCCGCAAAACUCAUCAAUCUUUCUUUUAUUAAGUAAGAAAGCAAGGUAUGGUAGCAAGUACCUCACGUGUGCACAUAGGAGUGUUGAAAAUAUAGCCAAACAGUCUGUUGUAGGACAUCGUCAAAUAUGCACGUCGAUAUACGUAUAAUGUGCUCACUUUUUUAGCUAUUAUUUCACGUGCAAUUUCUUAACGCUGUGCCAUGACGUGUAGUUUUUGCUUAGUCAAUUCGAAUGGCGCUACUGGUUGAUUAUAAUGAAUGGCAGACGCUUGAGCUAUACAUAAGUGCAGCCUCGUACUUCUAUUUCUUGUACAAAGAAAAUAGUGUAAGAAUUUUUUUUAGUUUCGGCAGUACUUAAAAAAAUUAUGUGCGUUGUAUUGGCGAAAUCAAACAGAAAUAAAAAAGUUUAUACAUUUUCAA